CCGUCAUUGCGUCCAUCUGUCCAUCUACUCACAGCUUAAGAAAACGGCGCCGCGCAAGGCGAGGAAACGCCGAUCUAUCAGUACUAUCUGUCUCUGGGAGGAGAAGCACAUGAUUGACUAAUCUUCUUACAGGCGGUUGACUGAGAUCGACUGGCAGAAUGCGUUUAAGGCGUCGUCUUUCGCCCCUGAAGCUUGCCAUUGUCGGUGGGACACUUUUUAUGCUCAUUCUAGUGGUGCUCCAGAGAGACGUUAACAGCGGUGCUCUUCAGGACCCCUGGCUGCAAGAUCUCUCCAACAAAAAGGAGAGGGUGUUCGAGAUGGUCCGCGGGGCUGUCAAUAACUUUGCCUUCCAAAUAGGAGCCCCUGUGCGUCCAUCAGUGGAAGUACAACCCACCCCGGACCGAAACUGCCCAUCUGGCUUCUACACUCAGCGGGAGCUUAAACCAUGGAUCGAGAGGCCUCCUGAAAACCCUCAAGCCCCAGGAGCCGAUGGUGUACCUUUCCAGUAUGACCGGAUGACCAAAGAGGAGGAGAAGGAGAAGCAGGAGGGCAUGACCAGACACUGCUUUAACCAAUUCGCCAGUGACCGAAUCUCCUUGCACCGCACUCUUGGAGAUGACACCCGUCCGCCUGAGUGUGUCGAUCGCAAGUUUCGCCGAUGUCCUGCUCUUCCCACCACCAGCGUGAUCAUCGUGUUUCACAAUGAAGCAUGGUCAACACUACUGCGCACUGUGUACAGCGUUCUGCACACCUCCCCAGCGGCCUUUCUCAAAGAAAUCAUAAUGGUGGAUGACGCCAGCACUGCAGAACACCUUCAUGGAAAGCUGGAGGAGUAUGUGAAAGCACUGAAGAUCGUGAAGGUGGUGCGUCAGCCCGAGAGGAAAGGCCUGAUCACAGCGAGGCUUCUUGGAGCAAGUAAAGCUGAAGGAGAAAUUCUCACGUUCCUGGACGCUCACUGUGAGUGUUUCCAUGGCUGGCUCGAGCCUCUUCUUGCUCGAAUUGUUGAAGAGCCCACGGCCGUUGUGAGCCCUGAGAUCACAACCAUCGAUUUAAACACUUUCCAGUUCCACAAACCUGUGGCAACGGCUCGUGCACAUAACAGGGGCAACUUUGACUGGAGUCUUACUUUUGGCUGGGAGGGAAUUCCAGAUUAUGAGAACGCUAAACGCAAGGAUGAGACCUACCCUGUAAAAACUCCAACAUUUGCUGGUGGCUUGUUCUCUAUAUCUAAGGCCUACUUUGAGAAAAUUGGGACGUAUGAUGACAAAAUGGAGAUCUGGGGUGGUGAAAAUGUCGAGAUGUCUUUCAGGGUAUGGCAGUGUGGUGGACAGUUGGAAAUAAUCCCCUGCUCUGUCGUUGGUCAUGUGUUUCGCACCAAGAGUCCUCACACCUUCCCCAAAGGUACAGAGGUCAUUACACGUAACCAGGUGCGCUUGGCGGAGGUGUGGAUGGACGACUACAAGCUGAUUUUCUACAGACGCAGCCAAAGCGCAGCUAAAAUGGCCAAAGAAAAAGGCUUUGGGGAUAUUUCUGACCGUCUGAAACUCCGAGAAGAUUUACAGUGCAAGAACUUUUCCUGGUACCUAUCCAAUGUCUACCCAGAAGCCUUUGUCCCCGAUCUCUCGCCAGUCAAGUUUGGAGCU